AUGACUUGGGAAGACGCCACGAAAGCCAAAGCUGAAGGCGCAGACGCCGUCACGCAGCAGCAGCAGCAGCAGACGGACUCCACAGCGCCCACCAGCAGCUCCACCACGUCGUCCACUAUGGAGUCGGCACCUGACCAGCAACUACAUCGACGCCGUCUCAAGCGUCCGCACAGUCGCUCGUCCACUGCCACUGCCACUACUGCCACUGCCACUACUGCCACUGCUUCUUCUUUGCCUCUCCACACGCCAAAGAAGAAGCGGCUGCGGUGGUCCACGAUCACUGUCCACGAGUUCGGCGUCGGCCUCGGCGGCAGCUCCGUACCGGGCAAAGGCGGGCCGUCCAUCGGCCUGGGCGACAAACCCGAGUUCACGUGGACGACACAAGUGGGCCACAUGGCCGAGCGCGUAGAGGGCGUGCACCGCUUCACGCCGCACGAGCGCGUGCAGCUGCUGCAGCGCGCGGGCGUGAGCGAGGGCAUGAUCCAGCGCUUCUCCAGAGAGGCCAACAUCAUCAACUGCUCGCGGCGGCGGACGCUCGUCGAGGACGUUGCCGAGCGGAAAGAGGCCAAGCGACAGCGGCGCCGACUGCAGGCGCCAUCGGCGGCGUCGCGUCCGUGUGUGGCUCCGUUCGUCCACCGGCCGCCGCACCUGAUCGCUGUCGACUAUGUCUGA